AUGGAGAGGCGCCGGGCGCUUUGCUGCUGGUGGUGCCUGUCGCUGCUGCUGGCGGGGCAGCCGGCGGCCCGGGGGCACCCGCAGCCGUGCCACAUCCUGGCACGGAUCGGGCACACCGUGCGCCUGGGCGCCCUGCUUCCCCGCGCGGGCGAAGCCGAGAGCCGGGCGCGCAACGCCCUGGCCCGCGCCAGCCGCACGGCCACCUCCGCGCUGCCCUACAACCUCAGCCUGGAGGUGGUCUCCGGGGCGCCCCGGCAGAGGGACCCGGCCUCGCUGGCCCGCUGGCUGUGCCAGGCGCUGGUGGUGCGCGGAGUGGCCGCCGUGCUCGCCUUCCCCGCGUCCCGCAGGGAGCUGCUCCAGUUGGACUUCGCCGCCGCCUUCCUGGAGAUCCCCUUCAUCAGCAUCCGGGAAGAGGAGGAAGAGGAGGAGGAGGAGGAAGGCAGAGGGGGACAAAGUGCGAAGACCCCCAUGCCCUUCAGGAGCCGGGUAAGGAGAAGAACACCCCCGCUUUUUCAUUUAAAAAAAUCCUCCCCGGUGGAGAGCCUCCUAGGGCAAGAGCAGUCUACCAGCCCACGAGCAAGUAGGCUACAGAUUGACUUAGGCAGGGCUUUUUUCCAGCUGGAACUCACCAGAAACCUCUCAUGUGGGCGCCAUGAGCGUAGCAAGGAUUUAUGUUGUGGGGUCCGGUUUUAUGAUUCGGAGGCAGAGCCGAGCUCUGUGAAACAAUUGGUCAGUUAGUUAAGUAUUUGUACUUAUUUACUUGAUUUAGGGGGUGCAGCUGCCCCCUGCCACCCUUGGCUACGCCCCCAUUGCCAUUAUAAGAGAACAAGGGAGGUGUUCAUGGUGAGUUCUGGUGCCUCUUUCUCUAUAAAAAUAACACUGGAUUUAGGGAUCAUGGAAUUGAAGAGCUGGAAGGGUCAUCUAGUCCAACCCCCUGCAGUGCAGGAAUCCUGCCCACAGCCGUCUUGGGCUCAAAUAACCGACCUUCUGGUUGGGUUCCUUGAGUGAUGGACCUGGGAGGGACUUUGUGGGUCAUGUGGGGCAGUGCCCACCCAUCUGUGCAGAAAUCACAGCUUUGAUUAGUUAUGUGGUUGAACCUCCACAUUCAAGGGCAGUCUACCUUGGAGAGGCCUCAGGGACAGGUAGCUAAAUGAGGCUGUCAUUGCCCUUCAGGAGGAAGGAGGAAGGCAGCCCUCCCUGUCAGAGAGCCUGCUCACAGGAUGCUGCUCACAGAUGAUAGAAUUGUAGAGUUGGAAGGAACCUCAAGGCCUUGCAGUGCAAGGAUCACAGCUUUGCAUGGUUGGUGACUGUGAACAUCCACAGUCAGGAGCAGUCUAUCUGGGAGUCACCCAGCCAGCGCACAGGCUAAACGUGGCUAUUAAUUUAAAAUAUUUCUCCACCCAUCAUAUGCAAAGUCCACAGCUGGUUACAGCUACAUUACGAAUGGUAAUAACGUAAUAUGAUCUAUUAUUUUUUAUUGUCCUGAAAUACUUGUUAUUCUUAUUACUUGCAUAACUCAUUAAUACUGCUGUGAUUGUGGCCGUCGUACCAUUUUAUAAUGCAGUGUUGUGUUCUUUUCUCAUAAUUCAAGAGUUAUUAUUACUUACAUAACUUAUUAAUACAACUGUACUGUAUUAAUUGUAUGUAAGGCUACGCAUAGGAUCAUAGCACUGUAGAAUUCAAAGGGACCCCCAUGGGUCAUCUAGUCCAACCCUCUGCAAUACAGGAACCAUGUCCACUCAGAAUUAAGUCCCACUUGAAGCCAUGGGGCUUACUCCUGAGUAAGCAGGUAAAGGAUUGCAGCCCAAGCGGCUGUUAUGUCCGGGGUCAAGCUUACCUGAGGGUCCUGGACGCAGAGGGAGAAAUAGCAAGGAAUGUCUGCAGCUAUUAGCUAUGAUUAAUAAUCCUUUUAUUGCUUUGAUCCCUGAGCGUCCAUGUUUGGGAGAAGUCAACCUCUGAGCACCAGAGGCUGGCAAAAGGCAGAGAGCAGGCGGUCCCUGAGUUGAGUACACCUGGCGAACUUCCACUGCAGGGGCAGUCUACCUCGGCUGGAGAGAAAGGACUGGGGAAGGCUGUGAGCCUCCUCCUCCUCCUCCAUCAUCAGUGUUGCCAGCUGCCUGUUCGGUCCUCCUUCCCCUUGAGAGGUCGGCUGCAUCUGAAGCUGGAAGCUUGAGGGAAAUCUGUCGAUCGCAAAUGCCCAUUUUGCACCCGUGCUAAGAGGGAGGUUGUGGAUGGAUAAUAAGUGUUCAAGGAUAAUCAGGGAAGGAUAUCCCUUUCCCUGGUUGGCUGGACUAGAUGGAGACCUCAACUGGUAUUUCUUCUUGAAGUGAACAGAAAUAUAUAUUCUAAUAAUGAUGAUGAUGAGGUACCCAAGGGUCAUCUAGUCCAGCAAUGCAGGAAUAAAAAAUAACAACAGCCCUGUAAGUUCAUUGCUUCUGCCCUUAAAAGGUUCUGUCAGCUCCUUAUUAGCCUUUGCAUUGCAGGGGGUUGGACUGGAUGACCUUUGUGGGUCCCUUCCAACUUUAUAAUGAAACUGAGCCUCUCCAUAUAGACAUAGUCUACCUUUGAGCACCAGCUGCCGGAGACUAGGAAGGCAGCAUCGCCUUUAUUCCAUGUCGGUGUCCUUUCUGAGGACACGGAUCAGUCUCCUGUUUGGAAGCAGGAUGUGGUCCUUUUGCCCCAAUCUCAGCAAGGCCACCCCCCAUCCCACCCUGUUCUUAUUUUAGAGCAAAAGCCUCUGCAUCCAGGGGGUAUUCUACCCCCUGGUGCUACGGACAAAGAAUUAG